CCUCGUUUCUCCAGUGUCCUGCCAAAGCUCGUCAUCAGAUAAUGAAUCCGCUGUUUUGUACUCCGUCGACACAAUUAUCCAAGGAGGCAUUUUAAGUAUUUAUCGAUUUGCAUCCCUCAUUUAUUGCUGUCCACCCUAAAUUGUUGUUGUCAUUGCUAGAUGGGCAGAAAUCAAUAAUCUGCAUUGAAAAGGACUUAUUCAAGGACUAAUACCCCCACGGAGACGUCCGUUGUCUCUUUGUAGCACCUCAUUUCCAGUAUCUGUGACACCACACGGUGUGUAAUCGAUGAAUAAAUAGUCCAUACCGCGGGACUUACUGGAUUUUUUUAAACACAUCGCCACCUCUCUCACAAUACGCGAGUGUUACCCCUCGGUUUUACACAUUUUUCUCCGCUCCUAUUCCACAGAGGCGUGUACGCGACAUUCACCGCCCUAGAUCCGACCUUACGCCAGGGGCGCGACGAUGCCGAUCGUCAACAUACUGAAGCGUGCGUCGAGCUACAUCCUCGGUAGUGACGAUGAUACGGAGGACGGUGGUACCGAGCUAGUGUACGAAGACAACGAGAUACUGUUCUGCAAGAACAACAUCUGCGUACAUCCGCCGGCCGUAGUGCGCCAGGAGUCGGACAUACUGCACUAUCCGGGCUAUCUGACCGUCACCACCAAAACGUUCAUCGACCAGUACAACAAUGCCAAACGGCCGACACUGUUCCUCACCUGGAUACCAAACUCAACCCUCCGCAAGUGUCCAUCGACAGUCGAGAAUGUUGCGCUCGGACGUGGUGUCUUUGGGUUAAGCGAGAGUAAGCUGAAGCUGCACCUUCAGCAACAACAGCAUCAACAGCACCAACAGCAGCAUCUUCUGCAGCCAUCAGCGAAAGAGAAUGGCCAGCAACGGAACGGAUGCCAGGAGAAGUUGCUAGUGGGGGCCGGAGGUGGGGGAGAGAACCCGUUCACGACCACCAUCAAGAUAGCAAACACGAACCCAUUCCUCGAGCCGUACAACGAAGCCAUCGCUCAGUCGGCCACCAGCGACAGCAAAUCGAUGAACUGCUCCGACUACUCGGAGACGAUCAGCAUUAGCUCGAGUUCGGAUAAGGCUAGCCUCUGCAACAGCCACGAGGAAGAGCACGAUGGGGCAAUGAUGGGUGAUGAGGAGGAAGAGGAAGAAGAAGAGCAUGAGGUCGACGUCGAUGAUGAUGAGGGAUGUGUGAUCCCUACGACUCGAAGGAAGCACAACUCCGCCAGCACCAGCACCGGUGCUGAUGGACUAGAUCAAGAGCAGGAGGAAGAGGUGGAUCCGGAGCUCAAGACGGAACUGCAACCACUGCUCGACUCGGACACCGGUGGCCGGAAGUUGUCGGCGACGCAAGCGAAACUGCACCAACACAUGAAACUACCAUCGCAGUCCUCCCAGUCCUCGGUUACCUCGGUCAACAUCACGAUCGCUAGUCCGCACAUACAGAACGUGGACCUGUCGCCACAGGAGGCGGUCGUUCUGCCGGGUGCGGCCGCUACCGAGCGUUUCCUACGCUCACUCUCCCUCACUUCCAACGAUGAGAACAACCCGAACUGGAUGUCCCCGGAGCUGCUCGCCUACAAGCACAAUCUGGCCUUCCCCGAGAGUGCAUCCGCAUCGCCGAUCGUUAACCGGAAGGCACCGCUAAAGUGUCGCCGCUUUUCCGUCGAUCUUAGCCAGAUGCGUGCGCUUCGGUUGUUCUUUAACGAUGAACAGUGUACCUCGGGCCAGUUGGUGAUUGCUUCGCGUGAAUCUCAGUACAAGAUACUACACUUUCAUCACGGUGGGCUGGAUCAUCUGGCACAGGUACUGCACCAGUGGCACUGUCUGCUGCAUAAUAUCAAGCUAGCGCCGGGACAGGAGGAACCGGCCAAUGCACCGUACCGACAGUUUAUGGUUUGCCGCCCGGAGGUACGCAAAGCAGAGCUACACCCGGAAGAGGGUCGUGUGUCGAAGAUUACGACGGAUUACUUCUACGGUACGCUGCUGAACGAAAAGGGUCAGAUCGAGGACGAUCUGCAGCUGCGCAAAUGUGUGUUCUUCGGUGGACUGGACCGCAGUCUGCGUAAAACCGUGUGGCCAUUCCUGCUGCACUGUUACAGUACUGGAUCGACGUUUGAGGAUCGGGCUGCACUGGCCGAGAUACGGCGCCAGGAAUACGAAGAGAUCACUCGGCGACGGCUUUACUCGAUGUCGCCUGAGGCGCAGGCCCAGUUCUGGCGCACGGUACAGUGCGUCAUCGAGAAGGAUGUGGUGCGUACGGAUCGCGGUAAUCCGUUCUUUGCCGGUGACGACAACCCGAACAUCGACACGAUGAAGAACAUUCUGCUCAACUAUGCGUUCUACAAUCCGGGCAUGUCCUACACACAGGGAAUGAGUGAUCUGUUGGCACCGGUGUUGUGUGAAAUAAAAAGUGAAUCCGAAACGUUCUGGUGCUUCGUAGGGUUGAUGCAGCGUGCCAUCUUCGUUUGUACGCCAACGGAUAACGAUAUCGACCGUAACUUGUGUUACCUGAGAGAAUUGAUCCGGCUUAUGGUUCCUAACUUUUACAAGCAUCUGCAGAAGCACACCGACGCCAUGGAAUUGCUGUUUUGUCACCGUUGGAUUCUGCUGUGCUUCAAGCGCGAGUUUACCGAAGCAGUGGCCAUACGCAUGUGGGAAGCGUGCUGGUCUAAUUAUCUGACGGAUUACUUCCAUCUUUUCCUCUGCCUGGCCAUCAUUGCCGUCUAUGCCGAUGAUGUCAUUGCUCAAGAUUUGCGCACCGAUGAGAUGCUGUUACACUUCAGUUCGCUCGCUAUGUACAUGGAUGGACAGCUGAUACUGCGUAAGGCCCGUGGACUGCUGCACCAGUUCCGACAGUUCCCCAAGAUACCGUGCACCCUGUCAGGGCUAUGUAAACGAUGUGGUCCGGGGAUGUGGGAUUCGGGACAUCAUCCGUCGAUCGAGUGCGUCGGCCAUCUCGACCAUGAAACGUGUGCGCUGGCUAUGGAUUAGGCGCUACAUUCCAUCACCACUGCUGAUGCUACUAUGUACUACUACCACCGUUGCCUCUCUCUCUUUCUCUCUCUUAUUCUAUCUUUCUCCCUGAACACGUUCUAGGCGUUGUUCUGUGUAGCUGUUGACUAGCUGUAGCGCUUGCCAUCUACUUACUCGUUUCAAUAGGACAUUGAAAAGCCACUUCGAAAUGCAUUCAUAGAGUGAGAUGGAAGAAGAAGGUCACAACGAAGCAGUAGGAGAGCAACUCGGGAAAACAAUAGAUCACAUUUCAAACACAGUAUAUCGACCAGGCUAGCAAGCAUUAGAUUUACCCGCUUCCUUUGCUUACUUCUACUCGUUUGCUUUCGAUUUCUUGCCGUUGCUUAUGCUAUAAAGAACGUGUUACUGAGUUGGUCACGUUAUACUGGUGAUACGUUUAGGUUACAAGCAUGGCAAAUAAACAGCCAUACACACGGUAGUUCAAUCUCAAAACUUCAAAUUUCGUACGAAUAAGCGAUGGUAGUAAUCAACAUUACCGCUAGUAGAAAAAACACGUUGGGAUAUCUAUAUACUGUACUGACAGUACAAAAUCCAACCCCAAAGUGGUUCAACCACAGGGGUGUGCAUUCAGCGGUGUAACAAAGUGAGCCAUGAUUAUUAUGAGGUUGAUGGAAAGGAGGCUUAAUGAUGUAACCAUUCUACUCUACGCGAGGGCUAGAAUGAGGUAUGAACAAUGCAGAUAUAAACUAUUGUUGAUGUUGAUAUAUACAUAAAUAU